GCACUUGGCUUGUCUCUCUCUCUCGCGCCCGCUGUGUUUACGCUUUCAUCGGAGCAUGCAGCGAACCGCCUAUAGAGAGGAUGAGCGAUACUUAGCUUAGUGGAACCGCAGACUCGGCGAGAGUACAAGUACAUUUCGUACGGGCGUUAAUUCUCUAGUCGUGUUUGUGCAGUUCGUACGAUAGUGCGUGUAUGUGUGGAUCUCAAUAAGAGUCAAAACUGUGGACAUUUCAAUUAAGAUUAGGCUAAAAAGGAAGGUAAAAGUUUGGAGGAUUAUAUCGAUAGUAAAGAGGGCCUACGUGAUCGAAGCAAGUCAUUAGAAUGGCCUCCGGCUCGUUGUGGAGGCGCAGCAGCUCCAAGAGCAUAAUUCGAGCUGCAGUUUCACGUGUUUUCGCCAAUGAUAAUUAUUUGCAACGGCAGGUAGCCGAACCCUUGUACUGCAGCCGGCUCCGAAUGGCUUCGACACUGGACGUGAACAGAAAGGACAUGCACUCGAUGCCGCAGACUAGCAUCUUGACCGCCAGGGACGAGAGCCGAGAGAUGAUGGCACUUUGGCCGGACGUCGUGCGAGAUCUCACGGACGCUGGACGUUAUCGCGACGUGCCCGACGCCACCAAGUGGCUGGCCAAAGUUCUGCAGGGCAAUGUCCCGAGUGGCAAGAAAAAUCGAGCCCUUUCAUUAGUCUAUGCUUACAGAAAACUCGUACCGGCCGAUGAGCUGACAGACGACAACCUUCGCCUGGCACGAAUUUUGGGAUGGUGCGUUGAAAUGUUUCAGGCAUCCUUCCUCGUUCUAGAUGACAUAAUGGACCAUUCACAGAUGCGGCGUGGCCAACCCUGCUGGUACCGCCAGAAUAAUAUCGGCUUGGCUGGUAUCAACGACGGCAAUCUCUUGGAGUCGUGCUCCUAUCAAUUGCUGAGAACCCACUUCAGAGGCCAACCUUGUUAUGUCGACUUGUUAGAGACGCUCAUGGAGUACUCGCAUAGGACGACUUUAGGCCAGACUCUUGAUUUAUUAUCGACGAAUUUCGGUAAUAAGCCUAAUCUUAACUUGUUUACCAUGGAUCGAUACAAUUCUAUUUGCAAGUAUAAAACUGCCUACUACUCUUUUGUUAUGCCUGUUCAACUUGCCAUGUAUUUUGCUGGUGUCAAGGACCCGGAGGUUCACAGACAGGCCAAAACUAUCUUACUGGAAAUGGGCCACUUUUUCCAAGUGCAAGACGACUACCUCGAUUGUUUCGGCGAUCCACAAGUCACUGGUAAAAAUGGAACAGACAUUCAGGAAGGCAAGUGCUCUUGGCUUGCUGUCGUGGCUUUGCAGCGAGCAACACCGGCCCAAAGAAAGGUUUUCGAGGAGUGCUACGGUUACGAAGACCCAGAAAAAGUUGCCAAAGUCAAGCAGUUGUACAAUGAUUUAGGAUUGCAAUUGACCUAUUCGGUGUAUGAAGAAGAAAGUUAUAAUUUAAUGAAUACUCAUAUCCAACAAAUUUCCAGAGGAUUACCUCACGAUUUAUUUUUCAAAUUUCUUGAAAAAAUAUAUCGCAGAGAUUCGUAAGGUCUUAAUUUAGCUCAGUCUUACGAAUUCAAUCAUGUAUAUUGAAAAAAGCUUUUUUACUAUGCUUUACAACAGGACGAUAUAAAUAUUUAUACAUAUUUCUAUAUUAAAUAUUUCAUAUCAUUCAUGAUGUUUAUAUGACUAAUAUAACAUUGAAAAGUGUAUGCGAUGUAAUUCAUUUGGGUUGAAAUUUAUAAAAACGCUCAAGUCAGGAUAUUUUCACUUUUGUGCUUCAAGAAUAAAAAACAAAUAUUUUUUUUGAAUUUUGUAAGAGAGAAUAAUGCGAAUGUUGCUAAACAUUCAGAUUUUUGGUUUGUUUAGAGUAUUUACAUUCAUUUUCAGUAAAGGUAUUGAAAAAAGGUCAUUUUAAACUCAUUUGUAUUAAUCGCAACUUUAUUUAGUGUACUCAUUUCAUUGAAUUCAGUGUUAUAUUUUUUGUGAACAUAAAAACUAAUUUUUUAUCUAUGAACUAGAUAAUAAAAAAACAAAAUAAUUUUUAUAAAAGAAAUUGAAAAGUUGAAGAACCAAGAAAUCUACUGUUACCGAUCUAUAUAUGAAAUGGUCGAUAAUGUGAAAAAUGUUCAAGCCGUUGCCAAUUUACGGUAACUGAAUGAAUAAAACAAUGUUUAAAUCAUUUUUUUGAGUCAUGUGAAUGCUGCGAUGACGUAAUAAACAUUUAUUGUCUAUGAGUGCUAGACCACUGUGUAAUGAACCUCUUUUUUUUAAUUAUGUUCAUUUAGUGCAGACUUGAUUGUACAAUUCAUUUAUUUUAUUCAAGAAACAUGAUUCUUGUAAAUGUUGGGUUAUAUUUAUUAAAUUUGAAAAAUGAUUUAGCGCUAACUACUGAAAUGUAACUUAUACUGAAUAUGUAACUUUUUAUCUGCGAGUUGUUAAAUAUUAUACUUGCAAAGUUAAACAAAUCAUAUGAAAUAAAAUGAGAUAUUUUUAA